AUGGUGGGAUGGGCAUGUCAUCUGGCUCAUGUUGCACGGUGUGGUCUCGUCUGCCAGGCAAGUGACCACAGCUCAGCUCACAUCCCACAUGCCUCCCGACGUGGCAAUACUAUUAGCCGCUCCACUCCAUCUACAAAGUUUGAUGGGUCUGAGUUUGACGUGGAUGGCUAUGUCUGGCGCGAGCAUGUGACGCUCAAGGUCUCUCGUAACCAGCGGCGCCAGCCUCUGGACGAGGAACGCCUCUCCGAGAUUGAACAAGAUUUGCAGGGCAUUCUCAGUGACCGCGAGACCACCUCGGCCUCUGACCUAGACCCGGAUGAAGAGCCUGUCAGCCCCUCAUCGGCCCGGCAUCUCCUCUCAGCCUCGGGCAAGGAGCGGGCUGUUCGAGGCAUGGCGCUCCCACCUGAUAACGACCCUGCAUCCGACUCGAGUCCUCAUCGUGACCCUUCCAUCACGCCUGGUGCAGUUCAGAACAGUGAUGGGGAUAAUUCUAGCACCACAUCGGAUCACCAGCAUCUAAGCAAGAGCGCCCGCAAGAAUCUUCGUCGCCACGAGCGCAAGCGCCAGCGACUCGAGGAACAGCGGGCCCGUCGAGCACAGCCCUUGCCUACAAAGGCCCAACCAGACACGCCCGGUCAUCAUCACGAUGCCCAAAGCCCAAUGAUGCACCUCGACGCUGAGGCUGACGACGCUGGCGCUGAAGACAGCCAUGAUGAAGAGCAGCCUGCUGCUGGCGCCAACGACGCAAGUGACAACUUUACCGGCCGUGCCGAGACAGUUUCCAAGCGCGCAGCUGCAAGCCGUAACCGUCGCCGUGGGUCUGCCCCAGCCAUCGACUCGGAUGAUGAAGAGGUCAAUGAGGGCGCCCAGGAUGAAGCCGCCACGGCCCACAAGGCAGCCACCAGCAGCCAGCCCGAGAGCAAAGACAAACAGAAGGGUGAUGACGACGAUGGUUCUCUGGUUCACAAUGAUGAGGGUGUGGUCGAGAAGCUACAACACUCCAGCGCCAUGCUCAAUGAAACACACCGUGUUGUUUCAGCUUCUAAUACCCCAGAUGAUCCCGACGCUGCUGACAGCGGCACACAAAAGAAGAAGAAGAAGAAGAAGAAGAAGAAAAAGCCCAAGAACAAGAAACAGGUCGAGGACGAAGGCAUGGGUGCCAACAGCAGUGAAGCCGCCUCAGAGCACGAGGAGCCAGUUUCGGGCAUGCAGCUCAAGGCCACGCCAUCCGCUCAAGCUCCCCAGUCUCACCUCCUUCAUGAGGCCCCUCCCAAGUUUGACUAUUACAUCUCCUCCAGUCAGGCUACCGUCACAUUCUAUCUCAAGGGGAUGGAUGUCGCGGAUUUGACUGUCACGGCGGAUAGGCGCCGUGUCGCCCUUCGUUCAACCGCCGAAGCCUGGCAGUUGGGUCUGUGCUUGUCGGAUAUCGACGCCAUCAACCCCGAUAAGGUUCAACUGCGUGUCCGACCUCUCAAAGUGGAGCUGCUUUGUCCUUGGUUGCGAGACGCUGCCCAGCUGAUGCCAGUUUUCUUGACCUCCAACGAAGUUGCGGAAUUGUUUCAAGCAGCAGACGCCACGGCCCCACCGCCUGGCUCGUGCGAGACAUUGAAGGCAUCAAGCACUCCCAACAGGCCUUCCAAGGCCGAUUCAACAAGCGUCGAUGCGACCAAGAAGCCGAACAACAAACCCAUGCCGAAGAAGAUCUUCCCUCCCUCUGAUGCCGAACUCGUGCCGUUUCUGCACCACGAUUG